UGAGCAUGUCGCCAAAGGAAACAUUAGCGCUCAGGAGCAGCUGUGAAAAUGGCAGCGUUGAAGCAGGAUCAUAGUUAUGGGCUCUCUUGUGCCCAAAUCAAUAAAAACAACGCCAGCCAGAGUCUGUACUACGUUAAGCUGACUGACACCGCGAUCCGGACGCUGGAAACUUAUCAGAACAUGAAGACUUCACUAUCAAAUCAGCCAGCGAUUUGCUUCAAGGAGAACCAGGGGUCAAUAAAGAUUCCAGCACCGACCCCUGACUCCCCUGACGCAAUAAGAAUCUUCAGAUUCUACUUGUCCAGUGAUAGCAAAGAGAAACCACAGUCCAGCUUUGACUGCAUUCGCCAGGAGGGCAGGGACCACUUGGAGAGCAAGGGAAGUAUUCAGGACAAGAUCACAGUUUGUGCCACAGAUGAUUCCUACCAGACAACGCGGGAACGCAUGUCUCAGGUGGAGAAAGACAGCUGGAGCCGCUCAGCGAUUGAGAUCAAGCCGGGGCCAAGUAAAUGUGUGAAGGUCCAGAGGAAGCAGGGUCUAACUCCAGGCUCACGCAGCAGCAAGCACUCUCUGUGUAACAAGAGAAACCAGGUUCCCAGCCCUGUGGCACGCCAUCCCUUGAGGGAUCGCAUCAUUCAUCUCCUGGCGUUAAAGCCGUACAAGAAACCUGAGCUGCUACUGUGGUUGGUCAGAGAGCGAGCCAAUCCAAAGGACAGGGCUGAGCUGACCUCAGUGUUGGAGGAGGUCAGUAAGUGGAACCCAAAGGAUAACAGCUACUCUCUGAAGCCUGAGCUCUUCAAACACGUCCAGAGAGACUGGCCUGGCUAUCUGGAGGAGGAAAAGCAGCUCGUUCACAGGCUCCUGAGUAGGAAACAGCAACCACACGACAACAAGCAGUUGAAGAGUCCACAGUCCAAUCAUUCAUUACAUAAAAUUGGGGGCUCUCCUUCACCAGCCAGUCCUGUCAGGAAUCCCUCUGUGAAACGCCCAUUGCACUCAGAUCUGUCCAACGAUAGGAACCCCAAAAAGCAAAAGUCAUCAGUCCAGCCUGUGCCUCUGCAGACGCCCUCUCACGGAGUUCAUUGCACCAACCCCACUAGUAGCUCUUUUCAUGAGAGUAGUACGCCACAGAAUAAAAUGGAGUUUGAAAAAAACAAGAAUCCUUUUCAGUGGACCCCAAAUGGUCUUCUUUCACCACAGAAACCCAGUGGAACAUCUGUUCCUUCCAAACUGGAGAGUACUAAGCCAGUGCCCAGUCCAUACAGACCCCAAAUCCCACAAACUGAAACUUCCAUUUGUGCUGAUCAAGAACUGUCCAAUGUCCAACAUAAAACAAAGCACAAAGAUGAGGAGGGAGAGGAGCUAAGACCCGAUUGGAUUGAGACCAGUCCAGACCUGAAGCAGAAUCAAGAAAUUUUCAAAGGCCACACGGGAGAGAAACCAAUGGUUAAUUUAGCCUCAACGACUCCACUCCCCGACUAUGUAAAAAAAUACGGCACCAUCACGACACCAGAGCAGCGGCAGAAGUAUGAAGAUGACUUUGAUGCAGAGUAUGAUGAAUAUCGGGCUAUUCAUGACCGGAUUGCAGCUACUACACAGAUGUUUGUUCAGCUGAGCUCAAAGUUGGACACACUGCCUCCUGGAACAGAAGCUUAUAAGCGAAUGCAGGACCAUGUCUUGGAAAAGUACAGAAAGUAUCAGAAAAGGUUCCCUGGAUAUCGGGAAGAGAAGAAGAAAUGUGUCUAUCUCCAUCACAAACUGGCACAUAUCAAAGACAUGAUAGAAGACUAUGACCAAGCACACUGUUCUCCGAGCAAUUCGCCUUUACCCUGACCAGGGUGUGAUCGGACUGGACCAAAAGACUGCACAGCAAGGCCUGGAGUUUUUUUUUUUUUUUUUUUUUUUUGGCACAUAGUUUAUAAGAACAAGAUAUUUAUAUUGCAUAUUUUUAGUGUAAAAGAGCAAAUUAUUUGUUUCCCAUUUAUUAAAGAUAAUAUUUAUACAUAAUGUGUUGCAUUAAAUGGAAUUGCAGCCAAAAUAUAAAACUCAAAUUUGCUAAUUAGCAUCAUAAAUGUGCUCAAUUUAAAAUUUCUGAAAAUAAUUUGGUUUAUUUACCUAGUUGGAACUGAAAGGUUUAGACUACCGCAUUUACUCUAUUAAAGGUCCCCUCUCUGUAAAGGCCCCCUCUUUGUUACCCCCCCCCCCCACCCGGCAUAUUCGGCAUAUUCCAUGUAGUGAAAUUGUGAAUUCCUGAGAGAACAGAGUAAAAUGAAAUGGUCUUAACUCAUUGCCACAAGAAACCAUAAGCAAUCCAUGACGUUCACAAUUUGUGGAUAGUUUCCAGGACUGUCAUAGUUCUCCUCUGCCAAUGUCACCUUGUUAUCAGUUCUUUCAGGUGUUAAGCAACAUGGGUGCAUCGCUGGCUUGAUAUGUUGUUCCACAAACUUCAAAUCCCAGCCAUUCGAGGCUCUGAAGUUCUGGUUUCCAUUUUGCUUAUUCAGCUGCAGUGCCUCGUACUUCAGACCCUUCCCUAUCACGCAGACGCCUGCCGUUCUUCUUUCUUGGAACCAUUUUAGCAGCUCUUAUUGAAUGUCCUCAUAACACACUUUCCUCCCCCCACCAGGCGGCUGUUUUGCUGUUUUGGCCAGGGUUGCAACCUUAUCCUUGUUCUUACACCACUCCCGGACGUGUUUCCUAUCGACUAUGAAAAUCAGAGCAGCAUGGUGCUAUCUGUUCUCUUCUCUACUUUUAGCUUGAAUGCUGUCGAGUAGCAAAGUUUGGUAGAAGCCAUUUUCUGUAAUUGUGUAGCAGCUACUGCCCACAGAAAAACUUUUUUUUUUUGAGUCUGCACUGUUUCUCUUGCAUGCAGUACGUAUGUCCAUACGUACCGUAAGGCCGUACUGUGUACAGCAUGUAUGCAAGCACGUGCAUGCAAAUGAUCAUCAAUAACCCAACCCCCCCCUUUCAAAAAUUACAUGCCACCGGGGUGUUUAAUAGAGUAAAUUCGGUAUUUAAUUUUGAAAUGCACAAAAAAUAUUAAGUUCUAGGGAAGAAACAACUCUGGUGUAAUACUAAGCAGCUGACAGCCACCAGCAAAACUGCCUCUGCUAAUCAUCUCUUACUAAAAUAAAUAUUGGUCAAACAAUAUCUCAGCUUCAUCACCCCCACUCAAAAAAAAUAUAACCAUGUUGUUUGAUUCUCCCCUUUCCCAAACAGAUUGGCUUCUUAAGUGCUAACUGUUACAUUGUGUGCAGGAUUAACUACUGCAGGUGCCUUUUCAUAUGUACUGAAGCCAUUCCACAAUUUCAAUUUAUUGGUAUUAUGGAAAAAGAAAAUAAGCAGCAGUGCAACUAUAGCUUCAUAUUAUUAUGGAGCUCAUCUGCUUUUUCAAGAAACACCUGGUAAUAUGUAUAUUGGUAGUAAUGAGCUGUCAAAGCCAAGUAGCAUAUUUAUUUUGUCGAAUUAUUUAAACAUUUCAAAAGUGCAAGAUUUUCAGGACACCACUUUAACGGUAUCUUGACAUGUUGCAGAAAUGUGUACAAUGGCCUGUAUUUUAUUAUUUUUAACCCAGCAAACUGUUAACUUACUCCUUACAGCUGUGCAUAAUUGGUUUAUGGCUACUGGACUCAUAAAUGUGAAAUAAAAUGCUUUGUCUACAAAAACAACAAAACACUGCAAUUGAUAAUAAGGACAGAUUUCUCUAUUUAUUGCAUGAAUUGUGUUUGCUCUAUUUGGGUUUCUUGAUGUUGCUUAUUCAUUCUUUUCACACUAAAACUUAAAAGUAUGGUGAAAGGGAAAUGGAACAUUUUGCAAUUUCUGAUGGUGGAUACUUUAUCAUAUCUUCUGGAGAAGUGUUUUUUUUUUUUUUUUUUUUUUUUUGACAAAUGCGUUGUCACAAAAACUG